GUUCUGUCAACUGCUUCGGGUCCCGCAGGGCUUUAUUCACAGAAAUUUGGGGAGAUAACGAGCGAAGUUGCGUAACAGUUCUCAAUGAUACAACGGAUGGGAAGUGUAUAUCGGCUGGGAUGCCGUGUUUCAGUUUUAUUGUCCCAGAUUUCUCUCUCGCAGAGUGACACAACGUGGGCAUGUCCGUCGGGCAGGGCCGCAGGAACGGAUCCGUGUCCUUCUGUCUGCCCAGGCGCCGUUACGAUGCUCGUCUCCCGGUCAAAAUAACCAGGAGGGCUUUCUCGUCCUUUGCCACACUCUGCGUUUAGCAUAUCUGUGCGUGUACUUUCAAAAUGGGGUGCACUUACCCCGCGUCAGUCUUGUUUCUACGGUCUCAACGUGCACGAAGCCCAAUCUCCCAAACAACCUCAUCCUUGCGUCAGGUUUCCAGCGACAGGCCUGCCUGUUUCCAGCGAGCGAAGCAUCUCAUCCUCUUGGCUCUUCUUUUCUUGUCUGUAGAUCAAGUUCCGCUCCAGAGCGCAGAGUUGCAAGCAACGACCCCGGAAACUCCUACGGAAAACCUAAAGCGUGUGGGUUCUCCGGCACCUGCACACCGGGCUUCCGUGUCUCUCCUGCAGUCCUCUGAGACAAGGCUUUCUCCCAAUCUCUCGGCACUCGAGCGUGUGCCACCGGUCUCUGGCGCGUUUUUCGAACGCGACUCUCCGCGAGCAAGCACUGGAGAAAGCCUUCGCGAACGGACUCCUGGCUCUCAAAAGAAGUCGCCCGCAACCUCCUCUUCCCUAGGUUCGGAGUCUCCUUCACAUCAAAAUCGUGUUUCUUCUCCAGGAGACGCACUAUCAUCAGAAACUCACGAGAUGAUUUCUUUCGCCCGGCCCCUGUGUUCUGGGCCAGACUGUACGCGAGUGCUCGCCUUCGCCACGCAGUCGGGGAUUCAUUCGGGUAUCCAGGAAGCCAUUACCCUCCACCAUUCCGGUCGUGGAUCCAGGAUCAACCCACGCGUGCCCUCUCGACACACGUUUUCUUUCGAGGAGAGGCCGGCUUCUCGGGCACCAGCCGAACCGUCACAGACCCUAUAUUCGAGAACUUCCUUUAGCUCUUUGCGUUUGCACUCGGCUUCUCCUUUUGUUCCGCCUGCAUUUCUCACUUUGAGUCGUGGCUUGUUUUCCUCUCCUGCGGAGAAUGGAAAGGUGAGAGAGGUCGCGGAGAGGCACCCUUGCGAAGGACCGGCACUCCUAGGCCAGACUGUCUUGGUUUCACACACCGCGCAGAAGAUCUCUGAAGGCAGCCCUCAAUUUAGUCGUGCAGGCGGAUCGUCUGUGACACCUACCGAUCCAGAGGACCCUGUCUCUUCUUUGGAGCUGAAAAGUUCAUCUGAGAGACAGUCCCCUUUGCAACCCGUGGUCUCAGAAGUUGACGCAUGGGCAACCUCCCGCGAGACGGGGGUUUCACCAAAUCCUGCAGUCCCGAAUUCCUCCCCACCUGUUCCUCAACAGUCCCCCGCUCCCGCCUCCAACACCUCCAACAGACUGGGCAUCGCUGGUCGUGUAGGUCGUCUCCGUUCCUUCGUAACAAACGUGGCACAUGCCGUGCAGUCGAUGUGGAGAAGAAGGUGGGGACGACAACGGCGGGUGCAAACCCCGUCUCAUAUGGCAAGGGUAGUGGGGACGUGGCUGAAGGAGAACGAGGAGGAUAUCAAGAGAGGAGAAAAGAGGCUUCUCAUUCUCAUGCGUCACGCCGAGUCCGAGUUCAACGAGUGGAGAAGGGAUUCUUUCAGACGGUUACGCUUUCGUGAUAUGCUCAGGUACGACCCGAACAUGCCAGAUGUUUGUCUGACCGACCGCGGCUUGCAGCAGUGUGAAAACGCUGCAAGAUUUUACGCGCAGGUGCGCGCCGAACUCCCCUCUCUACAAGUCGACGCCUAUCUAGUGUCUCCCCUCAGUCGGGCCAUCCAGACUGCACUCUAUACCUUUUCCUGUCCCGUUGCUUCUCACGAUCCGAACCAGAGGCCGUUUGCUGGUCCACUCGAAGGUGACUCCCCACCGCUGCGCAGAGGAUCGCAGCGCGCUCACGAGAAGUGGCUUCUGCUUCCACUCCUGCGAGAGCGCACUGACACAACAGGUGACACUGGCCGAAGGGCGGAAGCGCUCCGCAGCCACUUGGAGUCACUGAAAGCAAAUGGGAGACUUCCACUUCAGUGCAAUGUCGACAGAGACCUUGAUUGGUCACUCAUGAAUCCCCUCAACGAGUGGUGGCUUCAGUUCGCGGAUUGGGAGCUUGAGAACGCCGAGAAACUUCUUUCUUCGCGGUGGUACGAGCCUCACGAAGAGCAGCACCGCCGCCUCACUGUGGACGACCACGCCCAAGAAACGCUCCGCGCUUCCAGCUCUUCUCAGGGUUUGGCUUCAGCUGCGGGAGAGGAGAACACAGCCCAACUGCGGGAUCAACUGGAAAGCGAGGGCCGGCAGGCCCCUCCGGAGACAGAACCGGAAACUGUUAGAGACAAACUGCAAAUGGCACUGAAGGACUACUCCACGCACAUGCAGGACAUGGUCAGACAGCAGUUCUGGGAACAGCGCCUGCAGGCAUCUUGGCGGUUUCGAAGAGUCCCUCUUGAGAGCGAGCGCGCUGUCCAAGCGCGCAUGCGCCUUGUCCUCAGAGCAAUCUGCAGCGUCAAGGAUGCGAGGGUUGUGGUUAUCGUAGGUCACUCGAUCGCGUUUCGCAUGCUCACACGCACUGCGAAGAUGGGCAAUGCCGCAAUCGUUCCAUUCGCUCUCGACUGCGAAGCGAAAACGGUAACCGAACUUUAUUAAACCACUCCGGGAGAACAAGGGAGCAGCCAACUCAACCGAAAGGCAACAAAAUGAACCCAGUACGUUAGACUUCUGUUGUCAUCCAUGCUUUGCGAAAUCGGUUUCAUUGCUCUCCGCGUAAGCAACCCGGGUCUCUGCCGGCUUGCUUAUUCGGGAAACGUCCGUUCCUCAAUGCCUGCCUACACGAACAGAGGCGGCGACAAAGAGGAAGACCAUUUCAGUGUGUCGACAGGAGCUAUCGAAGGACUGGCAGGUCUCCUUGCCAGUUUUGUCUACCCAAUGUUUAGGUUGGUCGUUUGUUUCCAACGCAAGUGCACACAACAGCGAAGAGCGACAGCACGGAAGCGAACACAACGCCAGCCUUGCUCGCCGAGAUGUGAUGCCUGAGAGUAGUGACACUUGGAAUGUGGUCACUUAUCUCGAUCUCAAAAGUGCUACGGAUAACUGAAGGGUGGUAAACGAGGUUUGGAGAUGAUCGCUGUCAGGAAAACGAGAUAUACGAAUACUGGAAGCUGACCGUGGAAAGUGCUGUACAGAUAAAGGUCGGAUGGUAGGUCAAUGCAGACCAAGACGUAGAGGGCAGUCGGCAGACAAGGCUAUAUGUUUAAGCGGUGCGAGACGAGAAAACGAAAAGAAGGAACAAUGCAACAGAGUGGUGCAGCCGGAGCAGGAGACACUAACGUUACGGAGGACACCCCGCAACUGGUUCGCCCCGCCUCUCGAGCCAAAGUGAACAGGGCCGGCGGAGCUAGGAAGAAUUAAUCGGAUCAGAUUGUGGAGAAAAACAUGCAGAAGCGUCCUCGCGUAAUGUUGAGGCAAGACCGGCAAGCUGUGUUCUUUCGUACAGCGUGAAUUUGGGGAGGUGAUAUUCCUCGCCUCUGCGCUCCCGAUGUCCUGAAGAUAUAUGCGUACACGGUCAGGCGCCGGUGGCGGGUAGGGUUGCCUCGUGAUUUUUUUCAGUCUCAGUCGUGAUCCGCUUCUUUUGGCCGAACAGAGAAUUCGUUUUCAUGCCUCUGUCGUCGCAGGUCUUGUCCAAGAGCGCCUGAAGUCAAGAGAUGUCAGGAGAAGUUCUCUAUUUCUGCUCGUGGUGCGAACUAGAUUGGCGGAUACGGAUAUUCUAGAUACAUGCACAUAUGUUUACAUGCACUCGAAGAACCUGUACCAAGUAGUAGUUGCUUUGAACUGGUGAUGGGUGCUUUUCGGUGCCGUUUUUGUAGUGAUGCAGUUAAGUGGUCGAUUUUUGGACCGCUUCUCUGUUCUGGAUGAUGGGGUCAUUUCCGCUGGCAAAAGGAAGGGUGGACUGUGUGAGGAAAUGAUAAUGAGGAAAAUAUAGUUGGAACAUGAUGAAGUUGGAAGAAACGUGGGCUCAUCGGUUACCGGCUGUGUAGCUGUGACACCGAUGCAGGUUGCCACCUUACGAUGAGUUUUGACGACAAAAUGGAAUUGAAUUGGCUUAUGUAAGAUAUAAUUCCUGCUCCGUAUCAUGCAAGCAAUGAACUGAGGAAGCCAACACUUUGUGGCGGCUUAUUCACACCUUUGUGCGUAGGACAUGUGGUCCAGUGUGGUUCUUUUUUCCGACGUCUUUCGUUUCCUAGAUAAUCUUUACGUGUUUUUUUGGCUUUCCCAUCUUCAAUCAUCGGUUCCAUCGGAGCUUUGUCAUUCGUCCACCGAUCGGUGUUUCCGAGAGAACAAGAAACACACAUAUCGAACCGGCGUGUCUGACCCCACAAUGUCGCCACUUUUUGACUGUGACAGCAGCUAACUGUAUCACCAAAAUUUUCGUCUGUUAAAAACUGUACAAACUAGUGAAUCAUGAGACCAGGC